AUGCACAACCUCAACAUGAACAUGCUCGUCAGCUUCGUGCUUGCGGCAUUGAUUGUCCAGACCGACGCCUUCUGGCGUCUGUCCUGUGGCAGGAUUCAGAUGGGGAGAGUUGAUCCUAUCAUCAAUCCAGGUGCCAUCUCCGGACAUUCUCACACAAUUUCCGGACCCAUCAAUUUCAACACCACAUCAACCUUCCGGAGUCUGCAAGCCGCAUACUGCACGUCUUGCGGCAUCCAAUCCGACAAGAGUGCUUAUUGGACGCCUCAGCUCUACUACAGAUACCGGAACGGCUCCUUUACUGAUGUCCCAAACGGAGGCACUGUCAUCUACUAUCUGGAUCGUGGUGAUGAUAACCUCAAUAUCGUGCCAUUCCCGCCGGGCUAUCAAGUCCUCUCUGGUGACAGUGCCGCACGUUCGUACAACAGCCAGGCCAAGACUUACGGUGGCACCGCAACCAACAAAGUCUCGAAUCGACCCAUAGCUGAUCGUGUCAGCUUUGCUUGUCUGGAUUACGCCAAUCCAAGCCCAGAAACCCCUAGACUUCAAAAGACUAACUGCCCAGGAGGGCUCCGUGCACAAAUCCACUUCCCCAGCUGCUGGAACGGGAAGGAUCUUUACAAGUCUGAUCAGAGCCAUGUCACCUAUAUGUCCGGGAUCGAUAUUGGAGUUUGUCCUCCAACACAUCCGAAACUAUUUCCCCAUCUCUUCUUUGAGGUCAUCUACUCGGUCAACAAUGUCAAACCGGAGAGUGGCGGCUACUUUGUUUUUGCCAACGGCGACACGACUGGUUACGGCUUCCACGGCGACUUCUUGAACGGCUGGGACCCGACAGUCCUGGACGCUGCCAUCGCUAUGUGCAUGGGCCGAGGACGCGCCGUCAACGAUGGCUCCAUAGAGAAGUGCCCCCCUCUCAAUGCCACAUUCGACCAGUUUGUUACCAAGAAUUGUCCUGAGCAGCCGCCCAUCAUCAAGGAAAAGACUAAGGGUCUGCUCAGGACGCUUCCUGGUUGCAACCCUCCGACCGGAGGUCCAUUGCGAGCUGCACAGGCCAUCUGCCCGGUUCAACCAAAUCUACUGCCACAGGACAACCUGGACAACUAUGUCCGCAAGCUGCCGAUCGUUGGCGACAUGGUCAAAAACUGGCAGUACGUGGGAUGCGGCUUUGAUCAGGGUUCCCCUAAGAUGCUCCCAAGUGCCCUCCUGCAAACGGACAACAACAUGACAAUAGAAACAUGCCAGAGCUUCUGUACGGACAACAGCUACGCGUAUGCCGGAGUCUCUAACGGAUAUCAAUGUUACUGCGGCAAUGCCCUGGUGAAUACACUUCAGGGCAACGGCGUUUGCUCUACCCAGGCUCAUAUCGUCUGCAACGGCAACAACCUGCAGUACUGCGGUGGUCGGGAUGUCGUCCACAUUUACAAGAACACGAAGUCUAGCGUCAAACUCAGAGGCAUCCCUAUAAUCAACGAGACCAAAUUGCAGUUUUCAUCAACUGACGGGACAGCAAGCGAAGCUACGUACGCGGGCUGCUAUCCAGAGCCUGACAACGGUCGUGCCAUGGCUGGCGGCUUGAUGUAUUCCGACCCGGCCAUGACUAAUGAGAAAUGCGCAGCCAAGUGCCUGUCGAACAACUUCAACUUGUUCGGGACGGAGUAUGCUGGUGAAUGCUACUGUGGCAACAGUAUCUCGACGUCCGUCGUGGACCAGAAACAAUGUAUAAUGGUCUGCAAAGGAGACAAUACUCAAUUCUGCGGCGGCCAGAAACGACUGAGCUUGUGGAGUAUCAACGGCGAUGUCCCUUCUACGCCUGCACCUACAACCGGCACCGGUACUGGUGGUGAUAACGGGUCGGAUGGUGGUCUUGUUGUUAUUCCGGCCGCGAACGCGCAGUACCUCAGAUGUGUCUCCGAUACAGGCCGGCCUCGCGCCUUGGCCGCCAUCUUCAAGGAAGAAGGCACGUUGAUGUCAGUAGACUACUGCGCCGCUCUCGCCAAACAGCAGAAUUAUGCGUACUUUGGUCUCGAGUACGGCAAACAGUGUUUACUCGGCGAUGUGCUCGCAAGCACCAGCACAACCCUCCCCGCCAACGGCUGCAACCUCCGCUGCGCAGCUAAUGCCAAACAGUUCUGCGGCGCUGCCGGAGCAAUGUCGCUCUAUAACAACACCGCCUAUACUCCCCGAGUCGUGCAGACCGUCAAUAUCAAGGACAAGGAUAACACAGAUGUGACCUUCAAGUACAAAGGCUGCUACCCCGACAACUCCGGCACCCGUACGAUCGGUCCCAAUUCGCAGCCUCUCGACAAGACUAACAGCGUAGAUACAUGCGUCAAAGCUUGCUAUGACAAGGAGUUCGAUUGGGCCGGCGUCGAAUACGGCUCUCAAUGUUACUGCAGCAAGACCGGCCUGGCUGCGAACAUCCAGCCCAAGGCUGACAGCGAUUGCAGCAUGACUUGUGCUGGCAACGUCACGCAGAAUUGUGGCGCAGGUAGUACUGUACAGGUGUACCAGUUGCAGUUGGCACAACCUGGUUCACUCGACAGAAGAGAAGCGGCCGGGCAUUCGAGGAUCAACAUUGCGCGAAGAAGAAGGUAUCUGGCGAUGCCGUGGCGACGGUGA